AUGCUUGCGGCUUUCUUACAGGAAAAGCUUGUCAAGUCUAGAGCUUUUGACGUCCAAGGAGUUUUGGCGCCGGUAUUCACACCCUUCGUGGAGUCCGGGAGUAUUGACUUCUCGAUCAUUCCUGGUUAUAUGGCGUAUUUGAACGAGAACCAUAUAAAUGGGAUUCUUGUAGGUGGCACAACCGGAGAAGGCAUGUCGCUGAGUGUACACGAGAGGAAGUCACUCCUGGAAGCCUGGAUAGCAGCUGCCAGGCCCUUUGGUACUAAAGUCAUCGCACAAGUUGGAGGUGCACCAUUGCCUGAUGUAUUAGAACUGGCGACUCACGCAGAGAACCUGAAAGCUGAUGGCAUCAUGACCCUUCCGGAACUGUACUAUAAGCCGAAAACCGUGGAUCAAUUAGUCUGUUACCUGCAGCGAGUAUCCGCGGCAGCGCCGACUCUGCCUAUUGUUUACUAUCACUUCCCUAUGAUGACUGGAGUUGAUGUAAGCGUGCCCAAACUAUUUCAAGAAGCCUCAACGAGGAUACCAAACUUCAAAGGAGUCAAGGCCGACUUAGGAGUGGCGAUGGAAGUAGCACACCUGCUAAGAGAAGACCAGAAGAUAUUCAUAGCUAACCAUCAUAUCGCCCCAUCGGUGCUCAUGGGCCACGACACAAGCAUAGCGACAGUCACCAAUUUGUUCCCAGACCUCGUCCUCAGCAUUGUAAGCGCGGUGAAGAAUGAUGACGUGAUAAAGGCGAGAGCCCUUCAGAAGAGACUGAAUGAUCUAGUCAACGCUAUAGCUGCAGAAGGUGACUUCGUGCCUGCUAUGAAGGCAGCUAUGGAGUUGGUGACCGGCAUCCGAAUGGGCCAGACGCGGCCACCUCUAGUUUCAUUCAACAAUGAACAGAGAAUGCGCUUGAGAGAAACCUUGAUCCGUUUAGAUAUUAAGCUUCAAAAUACUGACUAA